AGUUCCCGACCGGAUAUGACAUAAAUGUUGUUGUUUGUUACGUGAAUCUCAUCAUUUGAGUGUUGAGAUAACUUACUUUACCGUUACCCCAAAGAGCUGGCGUAAACAAUUCAAAUUCGACGAAAAAGCUCUAACAGCCUUCUUCCUUUUUUAACAACUGCAGAUCAAUAGAAUGUCAUUGAAGAAACUUAUAUAUGCUCCAAAACGUAGCGACACUUCCUUAUUAGCCCGAUUUUAUUUUGCCGACGAGGAUUUGCACAAAGUAGCGUCUGAAUUGGACUCUUUUGAUGGAAAAAAAGACCCUGAGCGAUGUAAUCAACUAAUACACAAAUUACGACGAUGUCAAGAUAAGGUUAUUGUGAUUAUUCAAAAUUUAAUAGAAGAAGUUGUUGAAAAUCCUGUAAAUAGAGAUUAUCGUAGGAAAUUUCCAGAGGAUAUCAUUCAUGAAGGUUUAGCUGGUCAAUUAUGGUUCGGGGCCGAAUGUUUAUCUGCAGGGAGUUGUAUUAUGAAUAAAGAAGUUGAAUCUGCUACUAUGAGACCCUUGGCCAGAGCCCUAACGAAACAUUUAGACGCUGUCCGAGCACUUUUGAGACAGCAGGCUCUGAAAGCAAAUGUAAUAUCAAAGAGUGUAAGGGAUGCUUUAGCCCUUUUUGAUAGACUAUUUGCUGAAUUUGAAUUAUCAUACGUCAGCGCCAUGGUGGCUGUUAAGACCGUUUCAGAAUAUGAUUCGCUUUUAGACGUAGCUGUUUUAAUGAGUGAAAGUACCCAGAGAGCCAUCAAAAUAGGCUUGCUUAGUCAAGAAAUGCUGGACGACUAUGAACCUCGAAUAAUGUUCGCCAUCCCAAGACUGGCGAUUAUUGGAGGUUUAUUGCAUUAUCCGAAAGGCCCUUUGAACCCUGAAGAACCAGCUCAAAUGAUUUCUAUGUUCAAGCCUUAUGUGCCUUUACUGUGUAAACUAAAGAAAUUACUGAAGAACUUGACAGACAAGGACUUGUGGCUGCUGGAAGAGACAUUAUGCGAUACCAAUCCUAGUCACAAAAUUGAAGAGACAUUUUGUACUAGUGAGAAAGGCGAUUGUAAAACACUUUUAACUAAUUCUUUAACAAGUUGUAUGGAUGUUAAGGCAGUCGAAAAUGAGAAUAAUACUAUUUGUGAAAAACAGAAAGCAAAGGAUCAGAAAUCUGAUAGAAGUGAUUUACACAAAAUUUUUGUUUACGUUUCAGGAAUAGCAGAUCAGUUACAAAGUAAUCACGCAACGGAUAUGCGAUUUGUCUUACAAUCUGUAUUCAAAAUACACUCGGAUAACAAUGAGGAAGAUGAUCCUUUCUUGUCAGACGAAGAAGAAAUACCUAUAGGUAAUAAUGUCAGGGAGGCUCCUCGAUGGGUACCUGAUGACCAAGUUCAAGAAUGCACUUCUUGUAAAUCCGAAUUUACUUUUUUCAAGAGACGGCAUCAUUGCCGAAAUUGUGGUCACAUUUUUUGUUCUGCUUGCUCUUCACACUCAAUACCCCUGCAUCAUUAUGGCUUCAAUAAACCCGUACGGGUUUGCAAUUACUGCUUUAGUUUCCAACUCAUGCAGAACAGACCUAGGCUAAAUGACAGUUUAAACAGAACAAGCGUUGGAUCUUCAACUACUUUCGAUUAG